AACACUUUAAUUUACAUCUUAAAAAAAUCCCAUAUUAUCACAACUCUUCUGUCACUUAAAACUAGUAUUUUCAUACUUCACACUUGCAGUUGUUUUGGGACUGAACACCGUCGCUCCGCCACCGUUUCGCGCCCGACGGAUAGCAGCCUACGCUGUUUAAGGUGAUGAUUUUUGGGUCCUGUUAGCUUUUCAGAUGAAAUGGUGCAUCUAAGAAAAGUGAGCAGUCGAGCAACUGCGAAUUACAUUCUACAGAGUUUUCUUGAUAGAAUUUCUAAAUGUCAUUGCGUCGCUCAAAGGGGCUACAAGCCUUUUGCUUACUUACAUGACCAAGAUGGUGUCUUGAUGCUUCGCCAUGGGUUGGAACAUUUUUCACACAAUUUCUCAACUAUGGCAGGGACGGUUUUGGUCCAGGCUCGAGACAUAGGCAGGCUUCAUGAGGAGUUAGAGAAUGCAACUGAUGAGGGUAAAUUUAAUGAUGCCUGGGAUUUGCACGAGAAGCAUAUGCGGAUGGAAGGGUUUGCUAGGAAAUCUAUCAUGUGCAAGUUGAUCGCGGGAUUAACAGAGACUCUAGACAUUGAGUGGCUUGAAAAGGCUUAUGGAUUGGUUGAGAAAGCUUUUGAGGAACACAAGCAGACGUUGUUUGAUAGGGAGAUCCUCGUUUACCUCUCUUUAGGCCUUGCUAAAUGUGGACUACCUAUUCCUUCCUCUACUCUUCUCAGGAAACUCAUUGAAAUGGAGAAGUUCCCUCCCGUGACAGCUUGGUCUGCUAUCAUAGCUUAUAUGUCCAACAGUCCAUCUGGAGCGUUCCUUGCAGCUGAAUUGGUUCUUGAAAUUGGUUACAAGUUCCACGACGGGAGGGUUGAUCCACGAAAGAAGUGCAAUGAACCUUUAAUUUCUAUGAAGCCUAAUGCAACUGCUCUUAACAUAGCUUUGGUGGGGUGCCUUCGGUUUGGCAUCACUAGGAAAGGAGAGCAACUCCUUGAUAUGAUUCCUCGGAUUAAUAUGAAAACUGAUGCAACUUCAUCAAUCAUCAUGGCCCAUAUUUAUGAAAGAAAUGGUCGGAGGGACGAGCUGAAAAAGCUUAGGAGGCAUAUUGAAGAAGUUGACAAUAUAACUGACAUUCAGCUUCGGCAGUUCUACAACUGUCUUCUUUUGUGUCACUUGAAAUUUGGCGAUCUAGAUUCUGCCUCCCGGAUGGUUCUUGAAAUGCUUUGCAAGGCAAAGAAAGCUCAAAACUCUCUCGGUGUUGCUAAUUUGCAAUUGGAGACUGAUAAAGUAGGCACUACAGCACCUCAUCGAAGUGUUCCUGUACAUGAGAAUCCUGAUACACCUCAAAGGCAUUUCUCAUGCUAUGAAGACUUCUGUCGAGACAGAAAGUUUCUAGGUCUUGAAGCCGAGACAAGAGAAUUACUCAAUAACUUGGUCGUGAACUUGCAGGGGCAAGUUGAACUGAUCACAACCGAGAGAGGGAUUCUUAGGCCAACUGAGACAACUUAUGUGAAAUUAGUUAAAGCGUUCUUGGAGGCUGGCAACACGAAGGAUUUGGUCGAAUUUUUAAUCAAGGCAGAGAAAGAAGAUUCCCCCAUGUCUGCUGAUAAUUCGGUUCUCGUUCAUGUCAUCAACUCUUGUAUUUCCCUGGGUUGGUUAGACAGGGCACAUGAUCUUCUGGAUGAAAUGCGCUUGGCCGGCAUUAGAUGUAGUUCGUCUGUGUAUAAUUUCCUUCUGAAAGCAUAUCAUAAGGACAACCGGAUUGAUGAGAUGAAAUCAUUAAUCAGAGAUGCCCGUAGGGCUGGCGUUCAGUUGGAUGCAAGUUCUUAUCGGUCGUUGAUUCAAUCCCGGGUGGCUGAGAAGGACACAGCAGGGGCCCUUAAUCUGUUCAAGGAAAUGAAAGAGGCUAAAAUACCCAGAGUCGGCGAACAGGACUUUGAAGUGUUAGUCAAGCGUUGUGCAGAGGGCAAAGAUGCUCAUUUGAUGUCAAAGCUAUUGCAGGAAAUAAAAGAAGGGCAGGUGGUGGAUUCUGGAGUCCAUGACUGGAAUAGUGUGAUUCACUUUUUCUGCAAGAAACGGCUAAUGCAAGAUGCGGAGAAGGCUCUGAAGAAGAUGAGAAGUUUGGAGCUCGCCCCCAAUGCUCAAACUUUCCAUUCUAUGGUCACUGGAUAUGCUGCAGUCGGGGGCAAAUACAUCGAGGUAGCUGAACUGUGGGGUGAGAUGAAGUCUUUUGCUUUUUCUAGUGGAAUGAAGUUUGAUGUGGAACUGUUGGAUGCUGUGCUUUAUACAUUUGUCAGAGGCGGAUUUUUCAUCCGAGCAAAUGAAGUUAUCGAAAUGAUGGAGAAAGGCAGCAUGUUCGUGGACAAAUAUAAGUACCGCGCUCUAUUUCUGAAGUACCACAAAACUCUGUACAAGGGCAAGGCACCAAAGUUUCAGACAGAAUCACAGUUGAAGAAAAGAGAAGCUGCGUUGGCCUUCAAGAAAUGGAUUGGUCUAUGAUGAAAGGAUUCAGGCAAAGUUUUUCAAAAGCAAACAAAAAAAUGAUGUUUCAGGCAAAACUACUGAAGGCCAGGAAGCUUUGUGGUGUGACUGCUGGCUCAAAGGUUGUUACUCCCACUCAUCUUACUUCAGGAUUACUAAUGAUUCUCAUAAACAUGUAGUUCUUUGUUCUACUAACACGCCGUAUGAUCUAUGUUCUUCUCUAGUUUUUGCCGGGGAUAAAAAGUUUGAAAAAAAGGCGAUCAUGGACACUGGUAAUGUAAUUAGUUCUGGUUGAUGCCUUCAAAUAAUUUAUUUAUAUAUCUAUUUUCCUGGUAAGGCCUCAUUUGAAGAGAUGAAUCUGUUACUCGAUGUAGGGAAGAAGUGCAGUGUUGAAACCAUCGGAUUUCAUUUUGCUUGUUGUAGAUGGAGUUAUUGAAGUGGUGAUUGUUCUUGGAGCUUGUGUAAA